AUGGCAAUAUUUCUCUAUCAUGUUUUCCACCUUUGUAUAUAUGGGACAGGAGACCACAUUCAGAGAAACCAGAGUGACAUCACUGAGUAUAUUCUUCUGGGUUUUGGGGAACUACCUUAUCUACAGACCUUUAUGUUCCUUUUCUGCUGCAUAGUCUACAUUUCAACACUGAUUGCCAACUUCCUCGCCAUUCUUCUGAUAGUAACUGAUCAGCACCUUCAUACACCCAUGUACUACUUUCUGGUGAAUUUGUCUUGUUUGGAGAUCCUCUCCAGCUCAGCCAUUUUGCCCAAGAUGCUUGCCUGCUUGGUGACAGGGGACAAAAGCAUCUCUUUCAAAGGAUGCAUAACUCAGUGCUAUGUUUUAAAUCUUCUAAUGGGUACUGAAUGUUAUCUGCUUUCUGUGAUGGCUUAUGAUCGCUUCUUAGCAAUAUGCAGACCUCUGCAUUAUGCAACUCUUAUGAAUGGCAAAUUCUGUAUCCAGUUGGUGUGUGGUUCUUGUAUUAACAGCAUUGUCUUUUCCUCUGUGUAUUUACCUUUAGAGCUAGAAGGGCUACAUUAUUGCGCUUCCCGUGAAAUUGACCACUUUUUUUGUGAAGCAUACGCAGUGGGGACACUUUCCUGGAGUUGCAGCAGAGUUUUGGCCCUUGUAACAUUAACAGUAGCUUUUGUAUUUAGCAUCCCUCCUUUUCUUUUGACACUGAUCUCCUAUGUAUAUAUAAUUUCUGCCAUCUUGAGAAUCCCAACUACUACUGGACGGCAAAAGGCCUUUUCAACCUGUUCUUCUCACCUUAUUGUUGUUUCUAUGUUUUACGGAGCCAUUAUUAUUGUAUAUUUGAUUCCAAAAAUGGAAACCACAAAAAUUCUGAACAAAAUCUUUGCUUUAUUGUACACAGUUCUUCCUUCCAUAGCCAAUCCUCUCAUAUAUAGCCUAAGAAAUAAAGAUGUCAAGGAUGCUUUGAGAAAAUUUGUUUGGAAAAUUAAACAAAAACAUUUCCAGGUUAGAGGUACAAACCCAGAUCCUCUCUUUCAUGUUCAUGUGAAAGAACUCUGUGGCUAG